CUUCCGUCUGCGUCACAGGAAUCGACGACACACAAUCACGCCGUGUUUACUGACGGCGGCCGACGGAGGAAUAAAGCUUUUCUUACUCUACGGUUAUAGUUAGUUUUAUCAAAGAAAAGUACAGACAAUUUAAUAUGGCGGACCCUGCAGUGGUAUCGGGAGGUGCGCUGAAUGCAGGAGGGCGUGGGAGUGGUGGCAAAGCAGCUACCAGCCCUGCAGAGAACUACCACCUGGCCCGACGUCGCACCCUGCAGGUCGUGGUCAGUGCUCUGCUGACCGAGUGCGGCUUUGACAGCGCGGAGAAGGCAGCGGUGGAGACGCUCACUGAGAUGAUGCAAAGCUACAUAACUGAAAUAGGUCGUUGUGCGAAGGCUUAUUGUGAACACACAGCCAGAAGCAUCCCAACCCUGUCCGACGCCGUAGUCACCCUCAUUGAAAUGGGUUUCAAAGCCGACACACUGCCUUUGUACGCCAAGAGAUCGCAGAGGAUGGUCAUAACUGCCCCGCCAGUGACGAACCCACCUGUGACUCCCAAAGCGCUGUCAGCGGGCCAGAAGCGCACGCAUCCAGCUCACAUCCCCUGCCACUUCCCGGAGUUUCCUGACCCGCACACCUACAUCAAAACACCCACCUUCAGAGAACCCGUGUCAGACUACCAGGUUGUUAGAGAAAAAGCAGCGAGUCAGAGGAGAGACGUGGAGCGAGCGCUCACGCGCUUCAUGGCCAAGACUGGAGAAACCGAGAGCCUCUUCAAAGACGACAUCACCGCCUUCCCGCUGAUCGCGGCCCAACCGAGCACUAUCCCAUACCUCAGCGCCCUGCUGCCCUCGGAGCUGGAAUUACAGACUCUGGAGGAGACGGACUCCUCUGAGCAGGACGACCAGACCGACGGCGAGAACGCAGUAGGAAACAUGAUCAGUGACGACCCAGGAGCCGACAAAGAGAACGCCAUGCUUCCGCUCAGCGCAGUGGUUCCUGCAGCAAAGGCCAGCGAGGACAACGUGAUCGACAACCCGUACCUUCGGCCAGUCAAGAAACCCAAAGUGAGGAGGAAGAAAUGAGUCGGACAUGGACCAACAGACUCCCGUUUGCCACAGUGGUUGCUGCUGUGAGCCGGUCAGGAGCUGGCUGUGUGAGCCGGGACCAGCGCUGCUGUGGCGCUGCUGUGGCGCUGCUGUGGCUGUGUGUAAGCUGACUUCUAUUGAAGAGAGAAAUUUCCUUUUGUUGUGUUAACUAUUAAUAUUUUCUUCAGCACUCACUUUGUUAAAAUGUUGUGUAAUGUCGCUUUGUAAACAACAUAAAUGUGUAAUAUACAAACUGUACAGGGAUAGUCAUUUUGAGAAUAAAGAAAAAAAAUUAAGUA